UCGUUUGAACGUCUCUAGUGGGGACAGACAUCUUCUAAAAACAAGUUACUGGAAACGCUCGAAGUCGGGCGGGAGCUUGCGAAUUUUUAGUGGUUUCUGUGAAUUUUUAAAUGAUUGAGUCCACUCUAUCGUUAAGUUACGGAAAAAGUAGCAGCGUGUGUUAACAAAGUGCCGCGGUAACGGGCAUUUGGUUGCCUGGUGUUUGUCAGGGACCCAAGCAGAAGAAUACGCAUUCGGAGUGAGUUGACAAUUCGGGAAUAGUUCUGUGCGGCAGGUCUCCGGUUCGCGCGUUGCAUGCUAGUGCAUGUUAUAUUUAUUGUGGGUCGGGGAAAAACCUCAAGUUUAUCCAUUAGUGGGCCAAAGUGUGAGGGACGUGUAUAGAAUUUGUACCGUUGGAUGGUUCCCAGUCGCGUACGCGGAAAAUUGUGUUCUUGUGCGAGACGAGGGUGUAUCUGGCGAAUAGGAAAAUCCCAGUGUCAGUGAGUUGCAAAACGAGUGGAAUUGUGUUCGUCGCCGGGACGCGAAGUCUUGAUCGGGCAUUAGAGUCCCUGUCCGUGUUCGCGAUGCGGAUCACUAGUGAGCUUGCAAUCAGUUCUAAGAGACCGCCUCAGCAGGAACUAGACUUGCUCGCGAUUCGUGCGUGAAAUCACGGAAAUAUGUCACGCCAGUAGAAUUGCAUCGAGUUGCGUUCUGCGCCAAAGUUGACAGACGGGGCCAUUUUGGGCUUCAGUUGUUUUUGCUCUUGACUUUUUGCUUUCCGCAUUAAAUGUGUGGCUGCGGUUGUGACCGCUCUAUAUGUAAUUUGCACAACUUUCUCCAAAGGGAUAUCCGCUGUUCGGGGAGAAAUUGGACUCGUUGAAGGAAGAAUUAAGUAACUUCCGUAACCAUGGCGGUGAAGGUGCUUUUUGAAGUUGGCCACACUUCUAAGCUGAAAAGUAAACUAACCCCCGACGGGUUCACUCACGAUUGGGAGCUUUACGUACGUGGGACUGACAAAAAUGAUAUUAGUCACUUUGUGGAGAAAGUGGUAUUUAAUUUACAUGAAUCGUUUCCAAAGCCGAAGCGUGUACUAAAGGAAGCACCCUAUGUCCUAAAAGAAUCUGGAUAUGCAGGAUUUUUGGUUCCUACGGAAAUUCACUUUAAAAAUCGUGAUCAACCAAAAGUUAUGACUUUUACGUAUGAUUUGUCACUACAAAAUGCGGGGCCGCCUGUGCAUCGAAGUGAAAUUAAAAAAUUUACUUUCAAUGCUCCAUCAGAAGAAUUUCGACGUAAACUAUUAAAAGGUGGCGGGAUAUCUCUCGUGAACAAUGCAGUUGAUGAUAAAAGCCGUGAUUCUCUCGACGACCGGUCGCAACCAAUGAGUAAGCAGAAAAUCAGUGGCGAUGAAGCUGCUAAAAAACACCGAAUUCGACCAGAAGAAUCAAAACUACAGACUUUUGCAAAGCUUUUUGGGCCGCCCAUAACUAAAACCACUCCAAAAGUGUCUCCUGAUGCAAAAAAUAAAUCAAGUCCAAAUACGGUAGUAUCCGGAGUGGCAAACAAAAGCAGCAAAAGUUCAGAGAAGGAAAAGUCAUCGUCCGCACCUUCAGUGAUAAAGGAAAAACCUGAAAAGACUAAAGAUAAACACAAGCAUAGCCCACACAAAGAGAAGUAUGAAAAUAAGGAAAAGAAAAGUGAAGAAAAGCAUGAACGAAAGGAGGAAAAGAAAAAAGACAAAACGCAUUCAAAGGAACGCGAAAGAAACCAUGAUAAGAGCUCAAAGCGACCAAGCAGCCCGAAAAGGCCAUCGAGUCCUAAACGAUCUAGUCCAGUUCGAAGUUCUUCAACAGCAAGCAAAUCAGAAACAAAUGGAUACAAGGCAUCCUCAAAGGCUCAUUCGGAUACUGUAGGUCUCAACAACAAUGCGGAGAAAGUGCCGACGAACAGUAGUAGCAGCAGCAAGAAGUCCAAAAAGGAAAAAAAAUCUUAUGAUAAAGACCGAGGUCGUGAGAAAGUCAAAGAAAAGGAGCGGGAAAGGAAAGAAAAACCAGAUGAUCGUUCUAGCAAUAACAGUACACCUGUAGCUCCAGCAACUGCAGUUGUGAAUCAUGGACUAGGCUCUUCACAAGCAGUUGCUGCUCCAAAACCGACUAGCAUUGACGUGAAAGCCACACCUGAUUACAACAAAAGCAAGGACAAGGAACUUGUGAAUUCAACUAGUUCUAAAGAUGUAGUCAAAGAGUCGGUGAAAAAGGGCGGAGUGGAAACAAACAGUAAUUUAAAUGAAGCAAGAAAAGCUACGGAGAAACAUGAUAAAGAUACUGAGAAACGGCAUAAGCAUAAGAAAAAAGACAAAAGCAAGGAGAAAGAAAAAGAGAAAGAGCAUACGGCAACUGGUAAAGAUUCGAAAAAGAAAGAAAAAGUUGUUAAAAAGGAUGAAUUGAAGAAGACUCCACAACCUACCAGUGAUUUGCCUCCGAUAAUAUCACAAAAGUCUAAUUCCACUCCCCUCAGUAGAUUAUCACAUGGAAUUAGUGACGAUGAAGAGACGCGAGAUAGUAUUUCUGAGAGUGUAUCUGCCUCCGUGUCCGAGAGGCACGAAAGUUUUGCAGAAAGCUCUAACAGUAGUGUGGUUGAUAUUGCUGCCAAAACUGCAUCUGCGCCCGUAGUGGCACAACAGUCACUUGCCUCCGCACCCGUCUCAGAGGAAACUAAGUCGGACAAAAAGGAACGAAAAAAUCGCGAUAAGGUGAAAACAGAAAAGGAUGAGAAGAAGCGAAAACGGAAAAGUAAAGAUGAUAUUGAUACCUCACACAAAUCUACACCGCCAGCGCCUGCAUUAAUCCCUGAACCUCCAUUGAAGCAAAUAAAGAAAGAAGAGUUAAUCGUGAAAAAUGGUGACCGAUCCAAUUCGCCGCAUUUGUCACAAAUAAAUUCGACUAGUGCAGUCCCGAACCCUUCGCCGAAGGGGCAAAUUAUGGAUGAUUCAAAAGCGUUUCGUACACCAAACGCUGCGAACGUCCCGUUGCCUUCAACCUCCUCAUCGACGAACACCAGCAGCAAUGUGAACCAGUUAGCAAGUCACUCAGAUAGAUCGUUUACCGUGGACUACAUCUCAGAGUUGCGGGAUCUUCAGCAGAAGAUUAUGACAUUGCAGGACAGUAAUGAUCUUCAGCAAGUGGUUGAAUUGAUUGCCCCGACUGGUCGCUUUGAAAUCACAAGUAAAUCAUUUGAUUUCGACUUGUGCACACUUGACCGCAACACGGUUCAAAAGUUGCAAGACUUUUUCGCGACAUCGUGCUCAUGACAGAAAGUUGUGUAUAAUUCGUUUACAAGGUAAAGGAGCAGAGACCAAAUUAUCCUUAAUUAAUCAUUGAUGGACAUUUGAUUCGAAUGUAAAAAAUAAGUAGUUAAGUUUAUGACCUUGGACUGCUAGAUCGGUAUUCCGUUUGUUUUCGGAUAAUUCAAUUGGUCGCUAUUGUUCGUGGGGCUAUCAUUUUCAUCGGAUGAGAAUCAUCAAAUCAAACACCUGAAGUGAAUGGCUCGCUUCGUAGAUAUUGAGCGCGGUUAAUCUUCAUUCGGAUUGGGAUCAAGUUUGGCUUAUAUUAAAGUGAUGUGUUGAAUGAUAUUUACGGAGGGAACAACUGGCUUGCUUCAUGCUAGGAAUGCUAUACAAAUUCCAAUAUUUCUUAGCUAAUUUGAGAAAUAAAAUAAAGAAAUCUUCAUGCUUGCAUGGUUGCAUAUUAAUGUAGAUUUGAUACUCCUUAUUCGAAUGAAGGAGGCGCGGCAUAUUGUAAAGUACUGAUGAAAAUAAGGGAGACACGUUAACCGAGUGUUUUCCUUCCUCUUAUAUAUAUUUCUACUUUGAAGCAAUUAAGCACACAGAUGAUAGGGCAAUGUCUGGAAAUCUGAUUUUAUUAUGAAAGAUGAUCACAGUAGAUAUAAUUGUGUACAAAGACUGCAUGCGGAGUUAUUUGAAAAUCACACAAAGUAUGAAACAAGGAAAACCAUUCAAAUUUAUUUAUAAAAAGUCAAAUAUUGUAUAACUAAUGACGAUAAAAAAUAUAAAUAUAGAACUAUAGAAAGUAUAAAUUGAUAGCUGGAAUAUAAAAUAUUAUUUAUGUAUUUAACAAAGUAAUAAGAGAAAGAAUAUGUGGAGUUUAUUAACUAGUUUUUAGUGUCGUUUUUAUUGGUACUAUGCACCAAAAACCGUAAAUAAGUUGGCAAUUCUUGUAUUUUAUAUUUCGAGAAAGUGUGGUUUCUCGAUGAAAAUUUUUAAUUUUCUUUUUUUUUUCGUUUUGAAAUGUGGUUAGUUGUCAUUUUAAAACUAAACAGUUGAAAUAAAACUAAGAAAUCUGAA